AUAACCCUAAUAAGCUUUUCUUCUGUUCCGAAGAAAGGCUAAUUCCUAAUGCGCAUCUCCGAUGCUCCUCCCUGCGGUUUCGGGGCAUUCGUCAUCUGCUCUGUUGCCCCUCUUGAAAGCCUGCAAAUCUGUAAGGGAUCUUAACCAGAUUCACGCCCGCAUCAUCCGCAAGGGCUGCGAGCAAGACCAUUUCUUGAUGGCUCAAUUCAUCUCCAUUUGCACGACGCUUGAUCCCGCCAAUUCCUGCUAUCCCGCCGGCGUUUUCAAUCGUGUCGUCGCCCCCAAUAUUUACCUAUGGAAUAUUUUGAUGAAAAUCCAGUGCGAUAGCUAUUCUCUCGGCGAAUUUUUCUCCUUUUUUGGCAGGAUGAGAAGGGGGUCCAAUGUGGUUCCCGAUAAGUACACUUUUCCGUCUUUGAUUAAGGCUUGCUGUAAUGCUUUGGCUCUGAGGGAGGGAAUGGCUGUUCAUGGAUUGGCAGUGAGGUCUGGGACUGAGGGGGAUGUGUUUGUCGGGUCUAGUUUGAUCGAUUUUUACGGCAAGUGUGCGGAGAUUGAGUGUGCGCGGAAGGUGUUCGACGGAAUGCCUGUGAAGAAUGAGGUUUCUUGGACGGCGAUGAUGGCGGGGUGUUUGAACGUUGGUCUUAUUGACGAGGCGAAGCAACUGUUCGGCGAAAUGCCGCUGAGGAAUGAGGCGACUUGGAACGCUGUAAUUAAAGGGUUAGUGAAGUUGGGUGAUUUGAAGAAUGCCCGGAAGUUGUUUGGAGAAAUGCCUAUAAAAAAUGCUGUGGCUUAUACCACUUUGAUCGACGGCUAUGCUAAGGCUGGGGAUAUGGCGGCAGCCCGGUCCUUAUUCGAUGAGUUGCCUUCGAAGGAUUUGAUUUCAUGGUCUGCGCUGAUGUCCGGCUACGUGCAGAAUGGGAGGGCCGGCGAGGCAGUGGCAGUGUUUAAGGAAAUGACGGCUAUGAACAUAAAGCCCGACGAAUUUGUAAUGGUGAGCUUGAUGUGCGCGUGUUCUCAAUUGGGGUCGUCGGAGCUAGCGAAAUGGAUUGUGUCGUAUAUGCGCAAGGGGUCCUUUGACAUGCGGCGUGCGCACGUCGCUGCAGCUCUUGUCGAUAUGAACAUAAAGUGUGGGGAUAUUGAAAGGGCGACUUUGUUGUUUGAGCAGAUGCCUAGACGCGAUUUGAUUUCAUAUUGUUCGAUGAUACAAGGAUUAUAUCUUCACGGACGUGGCCCUCAAGCAGUAAAUCUGUUCGACAGAAUGAUAGAUGAAGGCAUACAGCCUGAUAACGUGGCCUUCACCGUCGGUCUGACUGCUUGCUGCUAUACUGGCCUUGUAGACGACGGAUGCCGUCUAUUCAGCUUAAUGACGAACAAAUACUUGAUGAGUCCGUCACCCGAUCACUAUGCUUGCAUGGUUAACCUUCUCGGGAAAUCUGGAAGGCUAAAGCCGGCUUACGAGCUGAUACAGUCAACCCCUGUGGAGUCGCAUGCCGGUGCUUGGGGCGCUCUUCUCAAUGCGUGCCGGAUGCACGGUGACAUCGACUUAGGCGAGGUCGUAGCUGCUAAAUUAUUCGAACUUGAACCUCGCAAUGCAGGAAGUUACGUGCUUUUGUCCAGCCUUUAUGCGGAAGCCGAUAGAUGGCUGAGCGUAUCGCGAGUGAGGGAUAAAAUGAGCGAACGAGGAGUCAGGAAGGUACCGGGAUAUAGUUAUGUUGAACCGACCACCUCAACCUGAUCAGAUAGAUACCCACACACCGACUGAUUCCUCUGGCGGUGCAUUCUUUUAUUUUUGGCAUUGCCAAUGCCAAGCUACAAUUGACGAGCGGACGAGAUACAACUUCAGGGGUAUGUUUGAUUUAUCUUUCAUUCCUGUUGGAAAUGGUGGUUUUCGAAGAUCUUUGGUUCUGUCAAUCAGGCGAUAUUAUGCAUCGGUUUGUGAGGUUUCUGGCUGCAGAUUCUGUUCAUGUCUGUUUUUUUGGUGGGAGUGAGUGAGGGAGGGAGACAUGGCCGAUCAAUAUGACAUUAUGAAGAAGACUACAAGUCGUCGCUUUUGCUCUCUGUAGUUCGCCUACGAAUGAGAAUGACGAUGACAAAGGACAGCAGCUGAGUCAGAUCUUGAUGGAGAUGAUCUGGCAGGUUGGAGGCUGUCGCUCGAGGAUUUUGAGCAGGUGGUCGGUCCGGUCUGCACAUUUGGCGUUGGAGGAUGAUAUGAUCACCACAUGAAUUGGGCAGAGCGAGUUGACGAUUGUUGAUUUGUUUUUCUCGACCCGGCUUGAAGUUGUAGAAAGCUUGACAGACUGCCCGGCGAGACAGAAAAAGAAUGUCGAUCGACUUUGCUACUUGGUCCUGAGUUGAGGUUGAGUAUCCGGACAUCAGAAACUUCAGUCGAAUACGAGGAGGAGAGAAAGUUGUUGGCGUUGGCGGCGAAGAAGAGUCGUCGUCGGCAUAUUGACAUGGCUGCCGGUAUGCAUACAUAUACAUUACAUGCCUUCACUUACUGCUCCUUAGGAUUGAACGCCAAUUCAGUUUGGAGCCGCAACGACGAUAGGUUAGUUUGGCGGGUUCGGGUUCGGGUUUUGGUUUUUGAGGUUUUCAAAUCCGUUCGUUUGGCGGAUUAUAUAGGUUUGAUGAAAAAAUCCUCUUAAAUUAGUAAUUUUAAAAAUUAAUACUAUAUUUAUUUAUAAUUAUUCAUAUUAUUUUAAUAUUUUUA